GUGGACAAAAGAGAGAGAGAGAGAGAGAAAGGCCUGCGGAUUGGGAGGAGGAGGAAGAGGAGUCCAGAACGCUAGCUCCAAGAAUCCGGGUGGCCCGGAAACCACCAGAUCUUUCCGCUCCGCUCCUCGUCGUCGUCUUCCUCCUCUUUCCUCCGCCACGUCUCUCACCAACCAAGCCCCCGCUCCGAGCUCCGGCCCCACCCCCAUGGCGCUCGCUUCCGGCACGUCCUGCGCUGCCCCUGGCGCCGCCCGCCCCCACCUCGCCGUGUCCUCUUCGCCCGCUCCCUCGAUCCGUUUCUGCGGCGGAGGCCCCCGCGGCGGCAGCAAGGCCGUCGUCUCCCUCCGCGCCGCCUCCGUGCGCCCUGCAGCAGCGGUAGCAGCAACAUCUGGUAGCAUUGCACCAGCAAUUUCGUUGACUGAAAAGGCACUGAAGCAUCUGAAUAGAAUGAGGGCUGAACGGAAUGAAGAUCUCUGCUUGAGAAUUGGAGUUAGGCAAGGUGGAUGUUCUGGCAUGUCUUACACCAUGGAGUUUGAAGAUCGAGCCAAUGCCAGCCCUGAUGAUUCAGUUGUAGAAUAUGAAGGUUUUGCAAUAGUCUGCGACCCAAAGAGCCUUCUUUUCAUGUUCGGUAUGGAGCUGGACUACAGCGAUGCCCUUAUUGGCGGUGGCUUCUCCUUCCAGAACCCAAAUGCAACAAAAACCUGUGGGUGCGGAAAAUCUUUUGCCACCGGAAAAGAAACCGAGAGCACAGCAACUGCCUGCAACAAUUAAGUUAGCUAGAAAAGAAAUAUAGGUGGAAAUGCCAUAUACAUCUCGCCCUUCUUGUCAAAAAUGUUCUGAUGGAUAUACCACAGAUGCAUACUCAAAACUCAGAAGUGUAAACGAUUUUUACUACGGUUCAGUAUGUAUCAUUGUAUCCAGUGGGACAAGUUACUGCUCAAUAGAAUUCAAAGAUAGUUACCAUGAACUCUUGCAGAUUUUGGCUA